CGUUUCCCAACACUACUCGAGCCAAUUUUCUGAGCGUGCUGCUGAUUUUAAUAAACAAUUUCCAUUUUAGCUGAAAUUUGCGCAAAUACCCAUACAAAAUGAAUGCGCCACCAACCUUUGAGUCAUUUUUGCUGUACGAAGGCGAGAAAAAAAUCAUUAAAGAAUUGGACACAAAAGUUACAAAUGCGGCUAUAUUCACGAUAAAUAAAGAGGAUCACACUCUGGGUAACAUGAUCCGCAACCAAUUGCUGAAGGACCCCAAUGUUUUGUUUGCCGGCUACAAGGUUCCCCAUCCCCUGGAACACAAGUUCGUCAUCCGAAUCCAAACUACGGCGGAUUAUUCACCUCAAGAAGCAUUCAUGAAUGCAAUUACUGAUUUGUUGGCGGAAUUGUCCCUCUUUGAAGAGAGAUUUAAAGAUGCAAUUAAGGAGAAGAAGGAGGGCGGCGAUUAGUUUUAACCUUCCCAUUCUAGCAGUAGUCUUAAAGAAAAAACAAAUAAAUUCUGGACACUCUUUCCA